AUGAAAAUGCUCUUUUUAAUGAAAGGCUCUUAUUUAUUUCAAAUUAAUAUGAUAAUUUCACGGUGUUAUUCAAAAAAAACUAGAGCAGAAAAAGCGAAAGCUAAAGCUUUCUCUAAAGCAGCAACUAGAGCAGAAAAAGCGAAAGCUAAAGCUAAAGCUAGAGAAGAAGAAAUUGCUCAAGCUGAAGAAUAUGUAGACAAUGUUGUGAAACAACUAUCCCAGGAAAAACCUAACCCUGUACUGGAUCCUUUUAGGGAAAGCAGCGCUCCUGUCAUCGAGCUUGAUAAUACAGUAAGAGAACGCGAUGAUCAAGAGAUCAGUAAAAAAAUGAUAGAAUCUCAAAACCAAACUGUAUUUGAGGAGUGGGAAUCAAAAACUAGGAGGUAUAACUCCUAA